AGCUGGCGCUGCUGCCACCGACUGAGAAAGUAAAGUUAUGAAUCCUGAAGAAGUUUCAUCUUUACUGAACCAAGGAACAACCAAAACAUAUCAAAUUCCCAUUGAUCAUCUAGAUUACAAAUUCAUUGAAAAAUGCAGAGAUGUUAAACAUUUGGAAAAGAUUCUCAGGAUAUUACGGUCCGGUGAGGAGGGCUAUUAUCCUGAUCUUACAUUAUUUUGUGAAAAACAUAUUGAAUCUUUGGCUCCAAACAGCAGAAUUCUACGAAAAGAGAAACCAGCAGCUACUGCUUGUGAUUUAACUGCUGAGGAAUGGGAAAAAAUAAAUGAUGAAAUGAAGGACUGGAUUACAGAAAUGAAAGAAGAGGAAUAUCAAAUGCGGUAUACGACAACUGAGGUAUUCAGAGAGAGACUGGAAAAUGUGCCACCAGUUCGUCGUUCAGAUAGCUGUGUCCCUACUAGCCAGAAUAAAACUUCAGAAAAGAGAAAAAUGAAGAAAAAUAUACCAAAGGACUACAGCGAAUGGGAUAAGUUUGAUGUGGAGAAGGAGUGUUCCAAAAUUGAUGAAUGCCAAGAAGAACAGAAAUCUACAACCAGCUCUAGCAUUAAUAGAAGUUUGCCAAAAAUGGAUAUAGACACAACAGGUAUGACCAGAAAGGAGAAGAGUUUUAUUGCUAGUCGUGAAAAAGAGAAAGGCAAUGAAGCCUUUGUUACAGGAGACUAUAAAGAAGCAGUUGCCUACUACAUUCGGAGCAUAUCUGCAUCCCCCAGCGUGGCUGCCUACAAUAACAAAGCUCAGGCAGAAAUAAAACUUCAGAACUGGCAUGCUGCUCUUCAGGAUUGUGAAACUGUAUUACAAAUGGAGCCUGGAAAUAGAAAAGCACUUAUGCGCCGGGCCACUGUAUACAAGCAUUUACAGAAUUAUAAUGCAGCUAAAGAAGAUUUACAAAAAGUAUUAUGUAUUGAGCCUGAAAAUAUUAUAGCAAAGAAAAAUCUCUCAGAUAUUGAGAAGACUCUGAAAGAGUUAGAACCUGUAUCUCAGUCACAGAUCAAAGGGAAAAGAAUACUUAUCCAAGACGUAGAAGAAUCAGAAGGUGGUGAAGAAAAAGGAGAAAAUGAUGUAGAUCAUGAAAAUGGAAGUGGAGACAAAAAAACUGCUGUGCUAGUGGGAAGACAGAUUGCAAGUGAGAAGAGUGAAAUGGGGAAUGCACAAAAGAAGUUCCCCAGCAAAGGAGAUGGCUGUAAAUCAGAAUGCAAGGAGGCACAGAAACACAGAGAUCCUUCUGAGACUAGAAUUAAAAAAGGCACACCUGAAAAAAGGACACCUAUAUUGUUGCAAGACUGUGAAGGUGGAGUAAAUGGUUAUCUAAGCAGUGGGCAAAAAAAUAGUGAAAACAGUAAUGCUAAACCAAAGGACGUAGAAUCUUCCUCCGCAGGAGAAAGGAGUUCCACUCUGCUCCCCCCCACUGCAGCAACAUUGAAAGCUGAAGGAAAUGCAUUGUUUAAGAAUGGACAGUUUGGAGAAGCUAUUCUCAAGUAUUCAGAAGCAAUUGAAAAUGUCAGCAAAUCAGGAAUUCAGAGCCCAGAGGAUGUAAGCAUUUUAUAUUCAAACAGAGCAGCAUGUUACCUAAAAGAAGGCAACUGUGUUGACUGCAUUCAGGACUGUAACAGAGCAUUGGAACUUCAUCCAUAUUCUCUCAAACCGCUUCUGCGUCGAGCAAUGGCGUAUGAGUCCAUGGAACGAUACAGGCAGGCAUAUGUUGAUUACAAGACAUUACUCCAAAUAAACAGUGGGAUCCAGGCAGCAAAUGACAGUGUUAACAGGAUAACAAGAACAUUAAUAGACCAAGAUGGUCCAAGUUGGAGAGAGAAGCUAUCCCCAAUACCUGUUGUUCCUGUUUCUGCUCAGUUACACCGGUGGGAUGGAGGAAACUUUGUUUCAGAGACAACGGAAAACAAAAUGGCACCUAGGCAUGAAGAACAAAAACCACAGAUUUCUAGUGAAAAAGCAGAAGAGAUGUUCAAAACUCUUAAGAGUAAAGGGAAUGAAUUUGUGAAGAAGGGUAAAUAUGAAGAAGCACUGAGGAAGUACAAUGGGUGUAUAGAAUUAAAUCCUAAGGAAUGUACCAUCUACACUAACAGAGCCCUCUGUUACUUGAAGCUAUCCCAAUAUGAAGAGGCCAGAAAGGACUGUGAUCAUGUUCUUCAGAUGGAUGACUCCAAUAUAAAAGCUCUGUAUAGGAGAGCUCUAGCAAACAAAGGACUACAGAACUACAAAGCUAGUAUUGAUGAUCUGAAGAAAGUUCUUCUGAAAGAUCCCAGUAUUGAUGAAGCAAAAAAGGAGCUGCAGGAAACAACCCAGUUGAUUAAAUCUAAAGGUGAAGGUACAGACAAUAUCCAGCAAAAGCAAAGGACAAAAAUCAAAAUCCAAGAGGUGAAUGAAUGUGAAGAAGAGGAAACUCAGACCUAUGCUUCAGUUGAUAACCAUGCAUCAAAAGGAGAAACUGCAGUGCCACUGAAAACUCUAGAAAAGCUGCUAAUUUGUAAGCCAUCAAAUGCCUAUGAAUUUGGCCAGAUGAUAAACGUUGUGAAUGCCAGCAAGGACAUCACUGCCUGUGCAGAGCUCUUAGCAAUUAUUGAACCAAAAGAUUUGCCAAUGCUGCUAAGCAACAAACUUGAAGGGGAUAAUUUCCUUCUGUUUAUCCAAGCUCUGCAAUCUGAUGCAUUUUGCCAGGAUCCUGAGCUGGUUUAUCAGCACCUUGUCUACCUAAGCAAAGCGGAAAGGUUUAAGCUUGUGCUGAAACUUCUCAGUAAGAAUGAAGUGGAACAGAUUCAGAAGCUGUUUGAAUCUCUUUCCAAAGCGCAAAGUGAACAGUUCUCUUUACAUGAUCUGGAGAGCCUUAAGAGAGACUUUGAACUUUAAACCAACUUCAUUUUCGAAUUGCCUCUUGCAUGCAUUCCCUUGAUGCUUGUAGGAUGGGCAUAUAAACUAUGCAGAUCUGCACGGAGUAAAGUCAGUUUCACUUGGACGGUUCAGUAUGCUGCAUUUUUUUUUUUUUUACAGUUCAUGCACAUUGAAAAUCUGCUCUUCCAUUUUAUGGUAGUAUAUAUUUUUAUCCCAGAAAGUUACACGUGCAUGUUUUUUAUAUUUAUUGGCUGUUCAUUUACAAUGAGAAAAAGUUAAUGACUGAAUAGAUAAGACACUGAAUUUGAGAAAGGAAGCACAUGAACCAGGAUGGAGCAGGAGAUAGUAUCAUUCCCAGUGAAGCUAACAGCACCAAACAACGUAGGUCUCAUGCAUAAACUGAUCUAAUACCUAUAUUCUCAGCUACAUUAAAAUGUAUUCAUGAGGUUUCAUGUAGCUGGCCAUUGCUAUGUUUUUGUUAUAUUGGUUUGUUCUUGUGACACAGGAGAAUCUUCUAAAGAAGUUACUUCUCAAAAACCAUUUUUAAUAUGCAGCACAGUACAGAAAAAAGUUUCUUGUACAAGCCCCAUUGGCAUGGAUGGGCAUUCUGUGUUUAUUUUACUGGGGCUUCUGUGGAAAGCUAUUCCCAGGAAUUGUGUCCAUAGGCUUCCCUUUCUGUUACUCAGAUAAAAUGACUAGUCUGUGCAUCUAGGUGCAGUGCAAAUGAAAUAAUCAAAUUACCCGUUUCUUUGGUUAGCCUCCACAUGUUUGCACAAGCUUUUGCAUUCAGUUCCUGUUGAGUGUACUGCUUUGUCGUCUCCAGAGGACAACACUGACUGGUUUAUUCUUAUCUUGUAUCAGUGCUGCUAAUUGAAAUAUAUGCAGUAAUCUGUAGGAGAGGUCACAGUACGUACAGCUGCAUCAGCCUUUGCAGGGGUGAGGGCAUUGUAGCAAGACAUAGUUUGACCUGUGUUACGACCAGCUCCCUAAAAUGUCUGUUUUGCUUGUCUGGGUGUGCAAGGAUGCCAUUCUGUUGCCUGUGCAAUGGUGCUGAGCAGCAGAGGUGAGAAGCAGAGUAAGCGUAUGUUGUUAAGUGUUUUGAAGCAAUAGAACAUUUUUAAACAAACUGGAAAAUAGUAAUUUAUUAUUAGUAUGCAUAUUACAUUUUAUUAUGGCAGGGGUUGCUCAGGUACUUGCAGUUUUGGAGGUGGUAUAAUUUAUCAGUGGCUAUUUUUCCUUUAACAGCGAUCAGAAAAAAAUGUUCUAUCUAGGCUAAGAACUUGUAGUUCUUUGCCUAUUUAAAAAUAAAGUUAUUUGCCAUA